GUGCAGCUGGUACUCGAGUAUUGUGACAAGGGGUGUCUACGAGAGGCGCUUGACGCGGGGAUAUUCUUUGGGCAGGCGGGUCUUAACUUCGCUGCCAUUCUCGACACGGCUGCGGAUGUGGCCAAAGCGCUGCUACACCUCCACUUGAACGACGUGUUGCACGGGGAUCUGAAGGCGGACAAUGUGAUGCUGAAAUCUUGCGGGGGUGAAGGCAGGGGUAUCGUGGCUAAGGUCGCCGACUUUGGUUUGGCAAUCAAGAUGGACCACCAAAAAACACACGUGUCGGCCACCUUCCAGGGCACGCUCACGCAUAUGGCGCCGGGUGUUGUUACACGGGCAGAUAUGUUCACGGGUGGUAUGCCGUACAAGGGCGUCCCGGGAGCACUGCUGGGGCAUUUAAUAUCCAUGGAGGGAAAGCGACCCGUGUUUCCCCCGGGUACGCCACCCGGGUUCAAAACCCUGGCGGAGCGGUGCUGGCACGCAGAUCUCGCAGCGCGGCCGGGUUUUGAGGAGAUCCUGACGACGCUGACGGCCCUACGUGCAGCGGAGGUGUCGCCGACGCCUGCGCUGUCGUACACUGCCAUGACGCCGGAGCAGCGUCAGGCCGUCAAGACGGGGCCAGCCACCCGCCUAAAUGUCAGCGAUCCCCUCGGUGCGGGGGUUCGAACCCGCGACGUGGCGGCAGUCGAUCCCGAAGCAGGGCAGAUGACCCGUUGGAGCCUAUUUCGGAAACGAGAUUCGAGGGUGAUCCGGACGCGCCCGCGCAAGAAGCUGUCAGCUCCUAAUCAAGCGCGCGCGCAACUUUCCCGGUGCCGGGACUCACCUUCCUCACCUUUACACUAUGUUGCUUACAUCACCAACAUCCUAAUUAGGAACCAGAAAUUAUGCAUUUAA